AAGGAAAUGAAGAUGGGGAGACAGUUGUUGUUGAAAAAGACCACUUUAUGGAUGACUUCUUCCAACAGGUUGAGGAACUUCGAAAUAAUAUAGCAAAAAUAGCACAAAAUGUGGAAGAAGUGAAGAAGCAGCACAGCAUUAUCCUGUCAGCACCAAAUCCAGAAGGAAGAACAAAGGAAGAACUUGAAGAAUUAAAUGAGGAAAUAAAGAAGAUUGCUAAUAAAAUUCGAGCCAGGUUAAAGGCUAUUGAACAAAGUUUUGAUCAGGGUGAAAAUGCUAAUCGGACAUCAGUGGACCUCAGGAUCAGAAAAACACAGCACUCUGUAUUAGCUCACAAGUUUGUGGAGGUCAUGACGGAAUACAACGAGACCCAAACUCUUUUUCGAGAGCGCAGCAAAGGUCGGAUACAGAGACAACUAGAGAUAACUGGAAAAACCACCACUGAUGAAGAACUGGAAGAAAUGUUAGAGAGCGGUAAUCCUUCAAUUUUCACUUCCGAUAUUAUAUCAGACUCUCAGAUAACUAGGCAAGCUCUGAACGAAAUUGAAUCACGUCACAAGGAUAUUAUGAAGCUGGAAUCUAGUAUACGGGAGCUACAUGAAAUGUUUAUGGACAUGGCAAUGUUUGUUGAGACUCAGGGUGAAAUGAUCAACAACAUAGAAAAGAAUGUGAUGAAUGCAUCAGAUUACGUGGAACAUGCAAAAGAAGAGACAAAAAAGGCAGUCCAAUAUCAAAGUAAAGCACGAAGGAAAUUGAUGUUCAUAAUUAUAUGUGUAACUGUAUUGGUUCUGAUACUUGGAAUUAUUCUAGCAACAACACUAUCAUAGCAAGCACAUUCCAACAGUUACGAACGUUCAGAAACUCCAAAAUACAUCUUCAGUAAAACCAAACCUUUUUUAACAGAUGAUGCCUUACGCUGUUCCAUGAUGAUGACCUGUCACUAAUGGUUAAAAAUGAAAACAAAAGCGCCCUUAAUGUUUACUCAUAAAUGAAUAUCGGAAUGUAUUAGGAUAUGUAUGGAUUUUCAUCAGAAACUAGACAUUUGUAAGACUGAAACUUUAUUGUUUUGAACUAAAGUAACUUAGGAUUUUUUUCAUAUCUCAGUGUUACAAACAGUUUAAAUAGGGAGUUGAGAGACUGUUGAGUUCUGCCUGUUUUACUGUUUUGCUAUUGCUAAUAGAAUUCUAACCGUGAAUUUUAGUACCUUGCCAGUGCUGCUUUU